AGAUCAAGUGGCCCUCUUAAAGACUCCGAAAUGUUCCCGAUUUGCUAAUCUGACCCUGAACUUAGAAUUUUCAAUUUAAUAUUUUCAGCUUUGUUCAAUGAAACUUCUCUUCAAUAUCCGGAACUAUCUACCGAUAUUAAUCGUCUGUUACCUAUUUUAUUGAUGUACAAACACGUGUCAAUGCCUAAACAUUUGGAUGAAAUUAGCAAUCGAGUCAUGAAAAUGUAUUUUCCAUCGGGAAAUAUUGAUGACUACUCUCAUUUGGAUACUGUCAAGUUGAUCGGAGACGGAACUUUUAUUCAGUGUUCUCUGGACAUGAGCAUUCAAUUAUCUUCACCUGUCCAUUUUUAUUUAUUUGAUUAUGAAAAUGAGUUUUCAUUCAACCAAGUGUAUGGCGAUUGUAAAAAAAAUCUUGGAGUAAGUCACGCUGAUGAAUUAAUUAGCUUGUUUCCAUUGAAGGAAUUGAAUCCCAAAGGAUUAAACGACAAAGAUAUAAAAAUGUCGAAGCUUAUGGUUAAUAUUUGGGUCAAGUUUGCAUCAUCUAAAAUACCUACUGUUGAUGGAACGGACAAUGGACAAGCCUGGCCUGUAUUUACUUCUAUUGAAGAAUCAGCAUUACUGCACAUAGAUUCAGUCCAACCAAAACUUGUACAAAAUCCGUUGGUGGAGAAGUAUACAUUUUGGAGUAAACUUCCAUUAUUAUCUGGCUUAAAUAAAUUUAUGUCACCAAAAACUUCACACAUAAAAAACGAACUGUAGGUAGUGUUAUUAUGAUUUUUAAUUAUAGACUUAUUUUUAAAACUUUUACUCACCAAAUAUUAGGUGAUACCUUUAUUUGUAUAUUUAAAAUUAUAUUAUAUGGUGUUGCUUAAAAUAUUUAUCGCUAUGUAUUUAAUACUCGAUACGACAAUAAUGAAUAAUGUCACAGUUAUUUUUCUUGUAUUAUAGGCCCGGUUUAUUUGUAUAAUGAUUUUGAAAUGUCUUAGAAUUUACAACAAUUUAUUUUUAGCCUUUUUUAAAAAAGAUAUUUUUAUUUUUUUGUAUUAUAAAUUAUUAUACUGUGUAUGAUUGUAAUACAAUUUUAAUAUUUCACUGCUAAGACUUAAAUGUAAACUUCUUAAAACUUAAGCGUGGAGAGAGAUAGAGAGGGAGAAAAAUUGAGAGAGAGAGAGAGAGAGAGAGAGAGAGAGAGAGUGAGUGAGAGAGAGAGUGAGAGAGUACAUUAUGCUAUAAGAUACGUAUAAAUGUUAUAACAUUAUUUUGUG